AAACUCACACGUAAAACUCCCCGCACCUCCGCAUUCCACGGUAUAAUUUAUAAAGCGAGAGGACAUUUAUCAUUUUCAAAGUUUCUCUCUCUAAAACCCCUCUCUCUCUAAAACUACUCUGCUUCAAUUUGAAGCUGUCUUUGUAAUUCCAAUUUUCACCCUUCCCCGUCCGUCUCUAUAUAUACCAACACUCUCUCUAUACAUAAGCAGGGUUGGUCCGUACUACUGCUUCUUAGGGUUUUAGAUAAGUGGUUUUUACUGGGUUUAAUACGGUUUGAGCGGUGAUCUCUAGAUGGCGGCAGAGAAGUUACGGGAUUUGAGUCAGCCGAUUGACGUUGCCUUGCUUGAUGCUACAGUAGCGGCUUUCUAUGGCACUGGAUCUAAAGAAGAGAGAACUGCAGCGGACCAUAUCUUGCGAGAUCUGCAAAAUAACCCUGAUAUGUGGCUUCAAGUGGUUCACAUUCUAUCAAAUACUCAAAACUUGAAUACUAAAUUUUAUGCUUUGCAGGUUCUAGAAGGUGUUGUCAAGUAUAGAUGGAAUGCUUUGCCUGUAGAACAAAGAGACGGCAUGAAAAACUAUAUUUCUGAAGUUAUAGUUAAGCUUUCAAGUGACGAGAUCUCUUUCCGGCGGGAGAGGCUGUAUGUCAACAAACUAAAUAUUAUAUUAGUUCAGAUCUUGAAGCAUGAGUGGCCAGCCAGGUGGCAAAGAUUCAUUCCUGACUUGGUUGCAGCAGCAAAAACGAGUGAAACUAUUUGUGAGAAUUGCAUGGCUAUAUUGAAAUUGUUAAGUGAAGAGGUCUUUGACUUCUCGAGGGGUGAAAUGACUCAACAGAAGAUUAAGGAGUUAAAGCAAUCAUUAAACAGUGAGUUUCAGCUCAUUCACGAACUAUGCUUGUACGUUUUGUCAGUAUCUCAAAGAGCUGAGCUUAUCAGGGCUACACUGGCCACAUUGCAUGCUUUCCUUUCUUGGAUUCCUUUGGGCUACAUUUUUGAAUCACCACUGCUUGAGACACUCCUCAAAUUCUUUCCCGUGCCUGCUUAUCGCAACCUCACUCUUCAGUGCCUGUCAGAGGUUGCUGCCCUAAGUUUUGGGGAUUUUUACAACAUGCAGUACAUCAAGAUGUAUAACAUAUUCAUGGUGCAAUUGCAGACUAUUCUCCCUCCCAGCACAAACUUCCCAGAGGCUUAUGCGAAUGGAAAUAGUGAGGAACAGGCAUUUAUUCAGAACUUGGCAUUGUUUUUCACAUCCUUUUACAAGGCUCAUAUACGAAUAUUGGAAUCUACACCAGAGAACAUAAAUGCGCUGUUGAUGGGUCUUGAGUAUCUCAUUAAUAUCUCGUAUGUGGACGAUAAUGAAGUUUUUAAGGUCUGCUUGGACUAUUGGAACUCAUUAGUUUUGGAGCUGUUUGAAGCUCACCAUAAUCUGGACAUUCCUGCAUCAACUGUAAAUAUGAUGGGACUGCAGGUAUGAUUGAUCGUUAUACCAUUUUACCUUUU